UUCAAACUUCACGCAUGCGCAGUAGUGUUGUGGCCGAGGACGCGUCAGUGACCCAGUUAAUUCGGCUGUGUGUAAACGCUUUUCCCGUUGGACUUUUGCUGUGAGUGAUCACAGCGUUAGCACUGAUAUCUAAUGGAAGAUGCAGUUUGACUUACUGACGUGUUGUCACGUGUCUGAGCGUACACAUCGAGACGUUUAAACACUGUCGGACAACGUAAAGCAGCUGAACCCCUCCCACCCAUCCACCCAUCCGACCCCCAGAGGAUGUGUCUGCUUUGUUUCUCAUGCACUGCACCUCACUUUCCUGUUGCAGGUAGGAAGCACACAGGAGGACGUCACUGAGGAGUGAUGCCUGUAGAGAGCGGAAACAGCGCAGUCGCCCGUCAAGCCAAGCAGAAGCGCAAGUCUCACAGCCUCUCCAUCCGGAGGACCAACAGCACCGAGCAGGAGCGGCCUUCCAUCCACAGAGACAUGCUGGAGGCUCAGGAUUCCAAGCUGCCCAUGGCUCUGAGGAGCACUUUACUGGACCUGUUUGGACAGAUCGAGCGGGAGUUUGAGAACCUCUACCUUGAGAAUAUUGAAAUGAGGCGAGAGAUCGAGUCCCUGAACGAGCGCUUGGCUGGAGAGGGUCAGACUGUCGAUGGAGGAGACUUGGGGAAAGGAGCAAUGAAGACUAAAGCUAGUCACAGUACGAGUCAGCUGUCCCAGAAACUGAAGACCACAUACAAAGCCUCCACCAGCAAGAUCGUGUCCAGUUUCAAAGCCACUACGUCACGUGCCGUGUGCCAGCUGGUGAAGGAGUACGUAGGUCACAGGGAUGGCAUAUGGGACCUGAGUGUGACCAGGACACAGCCGCUGAUUUUGGGCACUGCAUCAGCAGACCACUGUGCUAUGCUGUGGAGCAUCGAGACAGGGAAGUGUCUGCUGAAAUACGCCGGCCACGCUGGAUCAGUUAACUCGAUCAAGUUUCACCCCACCGAGCAGAUGGCUCUUACAGCAUCCGGUGAUCAGACAGCUCAUAUCUGGCGCUACAUGGUGCAGCUGCCUUUGCCUCAGCCACCAGCUGACACCAGUGCAUCACUGGAUGACGACGUGGAUUUCUCUGAUAAGGACGAUGCAGACGGAGACGCAGACGGACCGAACGAGUGUCCCACGGUGCGUCUAGCCAGCACCACUCUGAAGAGCCACCAGGGCGUGGUCAUCGCUGCUGACUGGCUCGUCGGCGGCAAACAAGUCGUCACUGCGUCUUGGGACCGAGCAGCCAAUUUGUACGAUGUGGAAACCUCUGAACUCGUCCACACGCUCACGGGUCAUGACCAGGAGCUGACCCACUGCUGCACCCACCCCACCCAGAGACUGGUGGUGACCUCAUCCCGCGACACCACCUUUCGCCUGUGGGACUUUAGAGAUCCGUCCAUCCACUCGGUCAACGUCUUCCAGGGCCACACAGACACGGUGACGUCAGCUGUGUUUACAGUGGGAGACAACGUGGUGUCUGGCAGCGAUGAUCGUACUGUCAAGGUGUGGGACCUGAAGAACAUGAGGUCCCCAAUAGCAACCAUCCGCACAGAUUCUGCUGUAAACAGGAUAAGUGUCUCAGCGAACCAGAGGAUCAUCGCCCUGCCACACGACAACAGACAGGUCCGGCUGUUUGAUAUGACCGGGGUUCGACUGGCCCGCCUCCCACGCAGCAACAGACAGGGUCAUCGGCGCAUGGUGUGCUGCUCAGUGUGGAACGAAGAGAACCAGGCGUGUAACCUGUUCACAUGUGGCUUCGAUCGGCAGGCCAUCGGCUGGAACAUCAACAUUCCAGCACUGCUGCAGGACAAGUGAACACACACACACACACACACACACAAACACACACUAAUCCUUCAUACCUACACAAUGCUUGAGAAAGCACAGUAAACCACACAUUGGUGUAUUGAUUUCUUGAACCCCAAGUGUGUGUGUGUGUGUGUGUGUGUGUGUGUGAAUGAUGACAACACACACAUCAAUAUGAACCACACACACUGCUAACAUGACAAUCACACACAGUUUAACGCUGACUCACAUCAGUCAGGUGGACCGUCGUAUAGUCAGUGUGAGAGAUUUGCUUCAGUUCCUCCUUCAGGUAUUCAGGUGGGUGAUUUGGCAACAUGCCAACCGGUGAACCAUAAACAGCAGCAUCGUGAUACAAUUUUUCGCACAAUUCUCGACACUCUAGUACAAGAGACUAAAAUAAAAUAAAAUAAAUAAUAAAAUCAAUGUUACACGGCUACGCUAAAUCUGCCUAGCAACAGGAAUCCGAUUGGCCGACAACCUUUUAAACCUUUACUAGCUGUUAUUUUUAUUUUUUUUGUUUCCGGGAAGAUUUCAGAGUGAAGAUUAAUACGACGAAUACAAACGAGGCAGGCUGUUAGAGGAAAAUAACGAACGACAGGACGGCGUGAUGCGCUGCAUCACAACACAAACUUUAUUAUUGUCCUCUAACAGCAUACAAGUGCUUUAAUCUUCUUACACUGUUACAGUAAUGCGCUUUUUUAUUUAUUUAUAGUUGUAUUAAAGUUACCGUUUACGUUAUAUUCGACUCCAUCAAUCUCUCAGCUGAUUUUUUUUUUUUCAUUUAUAUUUUUUAACUUUAAUCAAAUAAAAAAAAAUGUCUACAAUUGAAUUUUAUGCCGUUUCACCCACCCGUAUUCACCUGAAUGUCUCAAAUACUUACGUUAAGUUCUAGAAAAUUCUGACAGUCCUAUUUUUUUUCUUGCAAGGUUUGACGAAAUCAAGAACGAUAUUUCUGAUAUAAUAAUAUAACAUUGCUACAUGCUAACACGCUUCAAAUCCUUGUUUUUAGCUUCCUCCACACACAGCUUUAGCUCCUGCGCUGUUAAGUCACACUUCAGCAUUACGCUCUUUAGUAUCUUGUUCCUUUCCUGUGCUGGUUGUACAGAGAUUUUUAUUGCACACAAUACAAUGUGCUGUAUAGAAUAUAGUCAUUUAAAAAAAAAAGACCCACACACACACACACACACACACACACACACACUUUCUGUUAAAGAACAGUAUUGCUUUAUUCAUUCUGCAUGAAAAAUCUCGCUGUCUGUCAGAUCUAAAAAUAAAAUGCUGUUGUGAUCGCUGUGUAAUUUGAUCUUCCGAAGUGAAAAAUAUAAAAUGUGAACGUGUUAAUGGCGUAUUUUUUUUUUUAUGAAUAAAGUUAAACGAUGUAUGUGUCAUGUUUAAUUUGGCACGAUUCUUAUCCCCUGUUGGACAGGAGGCUAAACAUCGCGUUAGAUCCAGUGUACUGAUGUCUUAUAUAAUGCUGUAGGACAAGAGCCGUCACCAGAGACUAAAUUAUUAUUGAUGUUGGACUAGACGUUUCACACACCAUCGUGUGGAUGUGCUCUGGAAUUUGGAGUGUUUUCAUAAACCCACCGCACAGCUAUAGUGUAUCUGAGACGUCUGAAUAGAAACUAUAAUAAUGUAUGAAUGCUGUGAUGGUGGAAAUGUGUAUAGUGAACCUAGAGAUAAUGUGUUACAUUCAAACACAUCUGUACCACAUGACUACAACGUGUAAAUAAACGUCAUUGUCAGAAGGUGAA